UGGUUCGCUCCAGCUGUCCCUCUCCGCACGCAGAUCCGCGGCGCGCGACCCCGGUGUGACACCACGGCGCUUACGCGGCGCGGAGGGAGGCAAGGGCGCGCAGGCGCCGCAGGGGGAGUAAGGCCGCGCAGGCGCGGACGGCGUUGGUUGAAGACCUUCAGCGUUGCCCUAGCGGAGUACCUGCUCUCUGGGUGGAGAUAUGUGUAACACACCAACUUACUGUGACCUAGGAAAGGCUGCCAAGGAUGUCUUCAACAAAGGAUAUGGGUUUGGCAUGGUCAAAAUAGACCUGAGAACCAAGUCAUGUAGUGGAGUGAUGGAAUUUUCUACUUCUGGUCAUGCCUAUACUGAUACAGGGAAAGCUUCAGGCAACCUAGAGACCAAAUAUAAGGUCUGUAACUAUGGACUUACCUUCACCCAAAAAUGGAACACAGACAAUACUCUUGGAACAGAAAUCUCUUGGGAGAAUAAGUUGGCCGAAGGGUUGAAACUUACUCUUGAUACCAUAUUUGUACCGAACACAGGAAAGAAGAGUGGGAAAUUGAAGGCCUCUUAUAAACGGGAUUGUUUCAGUCUUGGCAGUAAUGUUGAUAUAGAUUUUUCUGGCCCAACCAUCUACGGCUGGGCUGUAUUAGCCUUUGAAGGCUGGCUUGCUGGCUAUCAGAUGAGUUUUGACACGGCCAAAUCCAAACUGUCACAGAAUAAUUUUGCCCUGGGUUACAAGGCUGCAGACUUCCAGCUGCACACUCAUGUGAAUGAUGGCACUGAAUUUGGAGGGUCUAUCUACCAGAAGGUUAAUGAGAAGAUUGAAACAUCAAUAAACCUUGCCUGGACAGCUGGCAGUAACAACACCCGCUUUGGCAUCGCUGCUAAAUACAAGUUGGAUUGUAGAACUUCUCUCUCUGCUAAAGUAAAUAAUGCCAGCCUGAUUGGAUUGGGUUAUACUCAGAGUCUUCGACCAGGAGUCAAACUGACCCUAUCAGCUUUAAUCGAUGGAAAGAACUUCAAUGCAGGAGGUCACAAGGUUGGGUUGGGAUUUGAACUAGAAGCUUAAUGAGGUUUUGAAUAAAGCAUUAGAUUUCUCCCCGGAGAUGAAGAGAAAUGAACCCACUAUGUUUUGGCCUUAAAAUUCUUCUCUGAAAUUUCAAAAGUGUGAACUUUUUAUUCUUCCAAAGAAUUGUAAUCCUCCCGCACACUGAAGUCUAGAGAUCAUGAGUCCAUCCUAAGGGAGGUGCUGGAAGGCAUGCCUGGAAGUUGUCAUACCUGUGCCACAUUUCAGUUCAGCUCCACAGUAUUAUUUUAAAUGUGAUCCUCAGCGACAGUGUAGAGUCAUGUUGUAAAGGAAAUAACCUGAUCCUCCAGUUUGUAUAUCACGUCCUGCAUGUCCCACACUACUUUUUCAUGACCUUUUAAUAUAUUGAUCUCUGUGCUGUAGUAGAGUCUUUGGUUUUGCAUCAGAACAAAAUAAAAUAAACCCAUCACAUUUGAAAAUAA